CCUAUUCAUGCUCAAAAGAUAGGCCGCCAUUUCAAUGCGUAUUUUGAGGCUUGUGUUAUGGCAAACUUAUUGACAUUUUACGAGACACGGCACAAUUUCACCGUCUGAAUCCGACCAAACUAAUAUAAUUUAUAUUAGUGAUGUUCUAAUGCGAUGAGCUUAGACCCUUCUACAUUAGCCAGUAAACAUAGCAACAUAAUACACAGUUAUUCUGCUCUACCUUCUCUGUGUAAAGUUGUCGAGGAUACACUUCAACAUAAGUCAGAUGGUUAUUUGAAUCUUGAACUGACAAACAAGUUCAAGGAGAAAAAAAGAAGAAGAAAAACCCACCUGUGGCUUCAUAGACCCAAACAGAGGAAUCCAAGACCAGAAGACAUGUCCAUGAAUGGUUUCAGCACAGAGGAGGACAGUCGUGGGGGACAUGACCAGAUAUGUUGUCUGUUUGAUUCGGGAGAGAGAUGUACUAACCAAGCUGGAAAUGCCAGCUACAGUAAACGUAUACAGAAAACUGUACAGCAGCGCAAACUCAAGUUAGUUAGGGAUGAUAGUGUGGCCCACAUCUAUAUUUGUGACUACCAUAAGAAUGUGAUACAAAGUGUGAGGGCGAAGAGAAAGAGGAAGGACAGUGAGGAUGGUAACGGCUCGCCCAAUGUAGAGGAGGAUCUUCCAGAGAUUGACUUUUUCCAAAUGCCUGUGAACACACUGAGACGAUACAAGCGCCACUACAAGCUGAUGACUAGACCUGGCAUGAACAACAAGGCACAGCUAGCAGAUACUGUAGCUCGGCACUUCAAGACUAUAACAGUGAAUGAGAAGGAAGCAUUGACAUACUUUAUUUAUAUGGCCAAAAACUAUAAGAGUCGAUUUGACCAGAAGCAUUUGGAUAAUGUCAAUAGCACAUAGGUUUUCAUACAGGAUGUUAUGAAAGUGAGGAUUUGAGAAUGUGCGAGUUUGUUAUUGAAUAUAACCAAUUUAAGUGGAUUCAUUUGUUGUUUUAAAAGAAUGAAAUAUAUAUAAAAAAAAAAAAAAAAGAGAGCAAAUUUAUUGAUAAUUUAAACUGGACUUUAAUGUCCACAGAAAUGAAUGUCAUUGCAGUAAGACAUUUUUGCCCAUAGCAAUUAUUUAAUUCUCAUUUUGAAAUUUGUUUUAAAAAUGUCUUAUAUGUACAUUGAAUACUGAUGGAAGGUUUUAUUUCAACCAUCAUCAGCCAGGUUUUAUUCAUUUUCUUGAAAGUACACGUAAUUUAUGGAUUAAAUGAAUCUAUAAUUACUGUAAAAUAUGUUAAGGACUUUUGUAUUGACAAAGUGGAAAAUAUUGUUUCUCAGUUAUUUUGAAUUGACUGUAAACUGUAAAAUAUGUACACAGAAACUUUGACACUGGAUUACAUGCAAGAAGCCUUUCAAUGCAAACAUUUUCAAAUUCUAUGACACAAAAAAUUUGUUAAAGCUUUUACUUUGCCAGAGUUGAAUGCACUGAACAAGAAUUCAUUUUGUAUGUGUGUAUGAUGUAUGUAAUGGAAAUGCUUGAGUGGAAGUGUUUGAAUGAUUAGGACUUUUGUAGUUAUUAUCAUAAGUCAAAGUGCUCAGUGUGUUUUGUAGGAUUUUGUAUUAAUCCCAGUUCAAGUGGAUUCAAAAUGUAAAUGGGUCCUUAUGGAAAGUCAGAUUUCGGCGCUUGACUUUCUGUGUACUAAAAGUCACUGAAUCUCUUGCAUACCAGUAAAUUGUGAAGUGUUUAAAAUAGAUUUUUAUACAUAAAUAUGACCUUGCUGCAGUGAAGGGCACUUGUCUGAAGUCAAUCCAAACACAGAUUUCCUUGAUAUUAACCGAGAAUGCUCCGGUAUUUAACAUUUAGGACAGGCUACAUUAUUUGUGAAAGAAUACUGAUGUGAGAUCAGAUUUUAUGUUAUCAAAUUAAGUUAAUAUUUCAAAUUAAGGUGUUUCCAAAUUUUAAAAUAACAUUUACUGAAUAAAUCUAAUUGUGUAAUGUUGAGGUUAUUGCUAUUAAUUAGUUUUAAGAUUGUAAUUCAGUAAAUGUGAUAGCUUUCUUGAAAAUUUGAAACCAGAAUGUCAAUGACGUUUGUUAUUGAUGGUUCAUGUAUUUUCUUGACAUAGUUUAAACAUUAUACAUACAUUUAUUUGAAAAAUGCAGUUAUCUUUGGGCAAUGGCAAGGUGAAUAUGGUUAGUUUACUGACCAGAUAUGAAGCUGAAGUAAGUAUCCUUAUUGAAGAGUUGACAAAUAUAUUCACCAGAGUAAAAGACAUUUAAUUACAAUGUAUAUGACUAAUGAAAUUAAUAAUGGAUGCUCUGCUCAGAUCAUGUCUUAAAAUAUCAAAUCAAUACUAGCACCAUUCCUCAAGAUGUCAUAGUAAAUAGACUAUCUUAAGACUCGUGAUAUUGAUGCUAAAACUAGGAGUACUGUAGGAGGCAGUACUUCAUAACAAAUUAAAACUAGGAGUACUGUAGGAGGCAGUACUUCAUAACAAACUACACACCGUAUGUAGUAUUUAUCUGCAAAUUCUUGUUGUGAUACAAAGACUUGUGCUAUAAACUUCUUGCAUAUAUUCUAAUAAGUAGGAAGACAAGGCUGCAUUUUUAUACUGGUAGUUCUACUCCAGAAAAUGGAAUUAGUAAUGAUGUAUUGAAGCCACAGGACCUACCAUGUUACUUUGCCUUAAGGAAAAAAUAUCUGGACUAGGCAAUACAAUUUGAUGUACAAAUGAAAUGUACCAAUUAUUAUGAUGAAAAUAUUAAAAUGUUGAAAGUGAU